AUGAACAUCGCCUACAACUCCGCCUUGCGGCAAAGCAAGUCUCUCCGCGCAGAGCUCUCCAACCUCAACAGCAAACCUCAAGCAUCUCCCUCCGAAAUUGGCAACGUGUCCGCCUCAAUCGCUUCCUUCACCAAGACCCUCGAUGAAUACCAAUCCCUCGCCCGUCAGGAGAUUGUUCCCAAGAAGCAAGAAGAGGGCUUUGAGAGAGUAAAGAGGUUCCGCGAAGAUCUCUCUGACUUUCGAACUCAAGUCGAUUCGCUGAAGAAAGUUCGUGAUGACGCCCAACACCAGGCAAAUCGCACAGAACUUCUUGGCCGAAGACCGUAUAAUGCUACACCCGAGAACCCUUAUGCGAACGCUACAACAACAAACACGCACUCUGCGUUCCAGCCUCGACACCCGCCUCAAGCCAGCGCCUUGACAACCGGCUCACCAGACGAGAUGCGCGAGGCACACGCAUUCAGGGAGCAGAACUUCUUCGCAAACACAAACCAAGCGUUAGAUGACUACAUUGCGCGCGGACAGGCUGUACUGGGCGAUCUAGGCCAACAACGGGAGAUGCUCAAGAGCACCCAGAAGCGACUGUACAACGUCGCCAACACCCUUGGCGUAAGCGGUGAUACCAUCCGUAUGGUAGAACGACGGGCAAAGGAGGACAAAUGGAUCUUCUUCGCGGGCGUCUUGAUAUUCUUCCUGUUUUGUUGGCUGGUGCUCCAUUUCUUGCGGUAG